CGGUAUCACCAGCCUAGAUUCGUGCUGUAGCCCGUCUAACCUUGCCCAUUGGGCUCAACAUGAAGACCUGUUUUUUUUGGAGCUUUUUUUUUUCUUCUCUCACCUCCUUUACCUCCAACUUUUGGACCCAUACCCCCCGCCCUUGCCCCCUACAGCGGAUUAAAAAUCGUCAUUCCCACGGUAACCAAAGAAGAACAAUGAACGGAUCUCUAAUGUGGUGCUGUUCCACUUCAACUAGGUUAGGUAGCCCCGAUCCAUGUUUGGGUACCUCUCACAAUUCGACCGGCUGGUGUAUUCUCCCGAGUACGUUGCAGUACCGAACUAGGGUAGAUCGUAGGGUCCCUCCGGGUAAACCCCAAUAUAGCAAGGAGAGGGCAAGGAUAUCGACGAUAUAGUUGAGAUUACCAGAUCUUGGAUUACCUCCGACUUGAGGAGAAGGGCGCUAGCUACCUAGGUACUAGGUAGUAGUCCUUGAAUGUGAUGACACACUCGGGGCGUUUUGCGGGAGGAGGAGCUCGUGGUGGUGUUGUUGUUGGCUUAAUAGCCACAUCUGGAGGAACUUUUUUACUCCUGCUACCACUGCUACUGCUACUAUUACUCGCCUUCUUUCUCCUCACCCGUCAUUUGACUCUGCUCAGUCAGUCGAUCGACCAGUUGAAGUCUCCAACCAUGUGGAAAGGUGCAGUGCCCGCAGGAUUGCUACCCCUUGGAUUAGCUGCCGCUGCCGCUUCUUCGGCAUCCGCUACCCUCCUUUACGUCUCUUCAUAUGCCGGCACCGUCACGACCUUGAGUCUAAGCCUACCACCUGAGGACCCCACCACCGCUGCUGCUGGUGCUGGUGCGACCCUUGAUGCCAUCUACAACUCGACGGGCUGUGGACCAAGUCCGUCCUGGCUCACGCUCGACUACUCCAAAAAUCUCCUCUUCUGUCUCGACGAGGGUUUGACUGGUCCCAAUGGAGGUAUGACCUCCUUCGUCACGAACGAUGACGGAACUCUCGUCACUGCAAACACGCUCGACAUCAUCCAGGGACCUGUCAGUAUAGCUGAGUUUGGUGUUGGUGGGCAGGGGCUCGCCAUAGCACACUAUUCCGGCUCUAGCGUCAGCUCCGUCGGCUUCACUCCCGACGGCACCCUUUCUCUAGUACAGAACGAAACCUUCGCGCUCGCGUCCCCAGGCCCCAACCCUGAGCGCCAGGACGCGCCGCACCCGCACGAGGCCCUGCUCGACCCCACCGCAUCCUUCGUGCUCGUGCCCGACCUGGGCGCCGACCUCGUGCGCGUCUUCCAGGCCGACCCGGCCACCCUCGCGCUGACGCCCCUCGCGCCCCUCGCCGUGCGCCCCGGCUCGGGCCCCCGUCACGGCGCCUUCGCCGUCACCCCCGAGAAGACGUACUUCUACCUCGUCGCGGAGCUGGCGAACACGAUCACGGGGUACGAGGUUGUGUAUCACGAGAACAAGACGCUGGGUUUUAAUGAGCUGUUCGAUAUCCCGACGCAUGGCGAGGAGAGGGCGUUGCCCGAGAAGACGGGCGCGGCGGAGAUCCUUGUUUCUCCCGACGCGAAAUAUCUCAUCGUGUCAUCGCGCUGGGAGGACUCGUUCAACAUCACGAACUUCGACCCGAAUAACAGCACUACCAUAAUCCCCUCUGAUCCACUCAUUACUUUCUCCAUCGACCACACCUGCGGCUCCCUAACCAAGGUGCAAGAAUACCCCGCCGGCGGCCGCGUGCCGCGCCACUUCUCCAUCAACGGCGACGGCAACCUGGUGGCGGUCGCGCUGCAGGGGGACGGUCGCGUCGUCGUCAUCGGGCGCGAUGUGCGGACUGGCCUGUUCACGGACUUUGUCGCGCACGCGGACGUGGCGGGGGAGGUGUCGGCGGUUGUGUGGAGGGAGGAUUGGCAUUCUUAGGUAGGUACUUACCUACCUAGGUUAGCCCGUCUAUCUGUCCUGUUUGCUCAUGGAUGUGUACAAAAAAAAAAGAGAAAGA